AUGCGAGAUUUGAGAUGAGAGAAUUUUUAUACUCAUGUAUAUGUACAUAGAUUAGUAUGUAAUUAUUCCAAAACAAAUCCUUCGAAAUUAAGAGUUGUGAUUAUAAUUUUUAUGGUGUGCUGAUUACAAAUUCAAAGCCGUCAGAGUCUGCUUUAAAUUAAAACAUUAAUGCACAUACAUACAAACGCGUUGGGCCAUAAAAGUUGCAACAGCUGUGAUGUAUUUAAAAUAGAAUACAUUUGAAACAAUUCAAAUACCGCCGAGCAAUUAAGGCGUUCACAUCAUAUUAUUCGUAUUUCCUAAGAAAAUGAGCAUAGAAUGUUAUAACCUUGAGCCCGCUUGGCUGACGAAGGAGUACCUGGAAACAGUGCUUCGUAAGUACAAGAAUGACGGAGGACUUCAAAUCGUGCACCUGGACAUUCAGCCCGCUUCAGCCAAGGGUAAUAACUAUGCUAGCGUUAUGACACGCCUUAAAAUCAAAAUGCACUUGAGUAACAACUCCAUCGUAGAUGAUUCCUACGUCCUGAAGAGUUCCAUAGAAUCCGAUGCCUUUUCCGCAGAGGUCAUUAAGGACUAUGAUCUAUUCAACACUGAAAUGUUUAUGUACGACAAAGUUUUACCGAAGUUAUCUGCGCUGCUAAAAGAAAUUGGUGAUUGUGAUAAGAUUUUCGCGGACACAAUAUUUGUGGACUACGAGCACUCAGCCAUCCUACUGGAAGAUUUAGCUGUGCUGCAUUGCGCAAUUGGAAAUCGCAUUGCGGGUAUGAAUGAAUUGGAGACAAAGGCCACUCUAAGGUCAUUGGCCAAGAUGCAUGCGGCUGGCGCGGUACUUAAUGAACGUAUGCCCGACGUGCUGACUAAAUUGAAUUUGGGUUUUUUUCAUCGCUCAACAAAAGGACUUGCGCCAUACUUCGAGGGUCUCUUUGAGGUCUGUGCCAAUUUUGCAGGCGAGUGUGAAUCAUUGGGUCCAUAUUAUAGAGACAAAAUGUUGCAAUUAAAACCAUAUGUCAUGGAGUUCAACAGAAAGUCCCACGAGCCACCAGAAAGUUACUUUCAGACAUUACUGCACGGUGAUCUUUGGACUACUAACAUUUUAUUAAGGGACCGUGGUGAGCAACUUAAGAACGCCAUUCUUAUCGAUUUUCAGUUCAGCAUUUGGUCAACGCCCGCUGUGGAUCUACAUUAUUUCUUCAAUACAUCGCUGCCAAAUGAAUUGCGCAUAGACCGGCAGGAUGAGUUAGUAAAGUGUUACUACGAUGUUUUGGCAGAUGCUUUGGAGCGGCUUAAUUACGGUGGCCGCACACCCAGUUUACACGACAUCUGCAUUCAAAUGGAAGCCGGUCGUUUCUAUGCUCUUAGUUCUACUGUGGUCAACCAAUCUGCGAUGAUCAAUGAAAAGACAGAUGAUGCGGAAUUAAAAAAUCUUAUCGGUACCGACGAAACAGCGUCUAAAUUCAGGGCGACUUUAUAUACGAACAAGAAGGUUCAAGAGAAUAUCAAAAAUCUCUUACCGUACUUUGACCGAAAAGGAUUGCUGGAUAUUGCUUAAAAUAGUUCAAAAAUAUUAAUUAAUUAAUAGAAAUUUACAUUUAUAUUUAUGGAAAGUCAAA